AUGAAGACCCUUCUGUUGGUGGCGUUGGCCAUGGCCUUUGGCCCACUGCAGACCCACGGGAACUUGCUGGAUUUCCAGGAAAUGAUCCAGUUUACCACAGGAAAGAAUGCUAUGUCCAAUUAUGCCUUCUAUGGUUGCUACUGUGGCUACGGCGGCCGAGGAACCCCCAAGGAUGCAACAGAUUGGUGCUGUGCUGCACAUGACUGUUGCUACAGACGCCUGGAGAAGCAGGAAUGUGGCACCAAGAAGCUGAAGUAUAACGUUACUUUCUCAGAGGGCCAAAUCAUCUGCGGCGAUCAGGAUUACUGUCCCAGGCAGGUGUGUGAAUGUGAUAAAACAGCUGCCACCUGUUUUGCGAGUAACCGGAACACCUACAAGAGACGAUACCAGUUCUACUCCAACAUGCUUUGCCGUGGGAGGGGCCCCCAAUGCUGA